AUGAAAGGUAACAUUUCUGAUGACGACAAUGAUGAUCUGGAUUUCUUGGGGAAUUACAAAUGCUAUAAAUUACUUAGUAAAGAAAACGCACAAGCCAUCAUGUCAGAAUUGGCUCACCAAGAGCUAAUUCAACGCCAAAGAUACAUUGCACAGGCCUGGCUACAACCGCUAACUUCUCUGAAAAACAAGCAAGUAUUCAAAACACCUGAAGAUAUUGAAUCACUCUGCGAAGCGAGGCGCCCCACAACUAAAAAAGUGAUAAAGGCACUGCAGGCAACCCCCUCAAAUGAAGCAGAACGUCAGAGUCUCCAAUUCCUUAAGAAAUUCAUCCGAUCCUUAGAUGUGAAAUCACUGGAAGCCUUUUUGAAAUUCACAACUGGCAGUUUCACAAUGAUGGGCGAGGUGGGACUUAGCAUUUCGUUCACAACUCUGGAAGGAUUUGCUCGAAGACCAAUAGCUCAUACAUGUGGGCCAUCGCUGGAGCUCCCAUGUACCUACCAGUCAUACCCAGAACUGGUGGAGGAGUUCACAGCUAUUUUACGUGAACAGGAAGCUUGGGGAUUCAACAUUGUAUAGAUCUAUUAUGUUACAGCUCACACUGUUURUAUUAAAAUAUAUUGUAAGCUAGGAUACUAGAUAGAGCAAAUUCAA